AUCAGUGCUACUACCAGUGACAUCAGCAUUUGCAGCCACUGCUUAAACACAGAUAUAUAAGAAACUGCAAGCUACUCCCGCAGCCCAGAACAUUAGAGCUGUCGGCACAACAGCCACCAUGGGAUGCAAAUGCAGCUGCAGGUGCAGCAAAAGCUGGCUUAUUGCUGGCACUGUCAUUGGAGGAUUGUUUGCUGUUGUUGGCAUAGUUUUGUUUCCUGUGAAUAAUAUACUCAAUCAUGAAGCAGUCACAAAGACAUCUGUCAUUGAAGAAGGUACCGCUGCCUUUGAUAACUGGGUACUGCCAAGAAGUCCUGUUUACAGAUCUUUUUGGAUAUAUCAUGUCAGAAACCCUAAUGAUAUAAUAAAUGGCGGCAAACCAGAGCUCCAGCAAAAGGGACCUUAUACCUAUCUUGUACGUCGCAUACCUAAGCUUGGCAUUACACAGCAUGAAAAUUUCACUAUGUCUUACUUGCAGUAUAAUGAUGCCAUUUUUCAGAGACACAUGUCAGUUGGGUCUGAGGAAGACACUCACACCGUUCUGAACGUUGCUGUUGCUUCAACACCUGAUAUGUUUCCAGACUAUCACGAAAUGCUUAACACCGCUAUUACAAAUUCAAGCUCCUCCUUAUUCCAAGUCAGAACUGUCAAGGAACUACUAUGGGGUUACAACGAUCCUUUCUUAGAACAAAUACCAUUCCCUGACAUCGAUACAACCACUGGAGUAUUCUACCCGUAUAAUGGAACUCUUGAUGGUCCCUAUAAUGUGUAUAAUGGAAAGGAUGACAUAAGUAAAGUUGCAGUCAUUGAGAGAUACAAGGGAGAAAGGUCGCUCUCUUAUUGGAAUGGUGACAACUGUAACAUGAUUAAUGGCACAGAUGCUUUCCUAUUUUCUCCAUUUAAUAAAAAGAAAAAUCAUCUUUUCUUUUUUUCGCCCGAUGCCUGCAGGUCUCUGUAUGGAGUGUUUGAAAAAGAAUAUGACCUAAAGGGAAUAAAGAUGAAUCGUUUUGUGGUGCCAAAGGAAGUUUUUGCAUCCUCAGCUGAAAACUCAGAUAAUCACUGUUUUUGCAAAGAUAUGAAAGUUACAAGAAAUUGCACUGCUGAUGGAAUUCUGGAGCUCAGAGCUUGUCGAGACAGAAAACCAAUUUUCCUUUCUCUUCCUCAUUUCCUGUAUGGAAGUCAGUUCUUACUGGAUGCUGUUGGAGGCCUGAAACCCAAUGAGUAUGAGCAUAGGAGCUACAUUGAUGUUGAACCUGUAACUGGAAAUGCAUUGCAUUAUGCCAAAAGACUGCAGAUCAAUGUGAUGUUUCAGCAAACAAAUAAAAUAGAUGUGAUGUCAAAACUCCAGUCAGGCUUUGUGUUCCCUGUUCUAUGGCUAAAUGAGACAUCCCUCAUUACUGAUGAUGCAGCUAAAGAUUUUAAGGCCAUAGUGAUUAAUCCAAUGAGGACUAUUGAGAUUGUUGCAAUACAGUUCGUUUGUGUUGGUUGCAUUAUGUUUUUGGCAUGUUCAAUUGCACUUUGUGUCAAAGGAUCAAAAAAAGAAAAAGGUAAAGCUGAGGGUAAACCUGCGUAACAACUCAUAUUCUGAUAUAACUUCAAGUGGAAGAAAUAUCCAGAUGAGCCUAUGGGACACUGGUUGGCACAUAUUCAAUGUCUUGAACUAUUAAUUUUCAUAAAAUGUUAAUUCAAUUAAAUCUUACCCAAUAUUUCCAUACGUAAGUGCAAGGGUGAGUAAUAAUGUCUAUGGAAGGUCUCAUUAAACUGACCAAAAUGAAUAAAACAAACAGUAAUGAUGCAUUACAGUUCAUUGUUGAUGUAAUAAAAAUGUGUGACUUUGUAUGAAAUCAUCUGCAUUGCUUUAAACAUUGGACAGAAUUGAAAAAAGAAAAAGGGUAAUUCUCAAAAACUUUUGAGAACUUUCCUUUUGCAAAUGUCAUGUAUAUCUAAAACCUGUUUUUUUACAAAGACAUGUACCAUUACCAUUUUUACCACUAAUCUGCGCUCUAGAUUUUGUGCUGGAUUACAAAUCUGCAGAUUCGUAGACUCAGGGCUGUAUUUACAUCCGCCCUAGGCACUGGACCUUAAUACAUACCCCCCCCCAUGUUAUGAGUGUGAUAUCACGCAUAGACAUAAUGUCACACACACCUACGUCACGGAAGUGAUGUCAAGCACAUCAUGCUCAAAUGCUGACUGAUGGCCCUGAAUGAUGCUCCCUAACUUGCAGUUGUGCCCGCUGCUUCUGAAUAUAGUAAUGCUGAACCCAGGCAGUGCUGAGUGCUUUGUAUUACUGAUAUAGGAUCUAUUAUCAAGAAUGCUUGGGACCCGGGGGUUUCCGGAUAAGGGGUCUUUCUGUAAUAAAGUCUGCUAAUAAUUAGCUGAACACUGAA